CGUCGCGUCAUUCGCGGGCGUCAGCGCCGGCGGCUUCGCGCCGGCCGAGUUACUCGCGCGCGCGGCCUCGUCGUGAGCGCAACCGCAUCUUGCGGCGAUGUCUCUCCUGCGCCGACGUGGACGCAGCCGCUCGCUGACCUGGUAGGGAGCCACGCGUUUCUCUCGCCGGCUUGCCCGCACUCCUCCGCCUCUUUCUCGAAGCCAUCAGCCGGCUCUCCUCGUCCGAGUGUUUUCCGACCGCGUUGCCGUCUCUCCAUCCGUUUACAUCGUGGUGCGGCGGCGACGGCGGACUUACCCGUCUCCUCGUGAAGCGGACAAGCUGCGAAAGAAGUGACAGCCGAAUCAUGCUGGCCUCUGCCGUUCCUUGCCUUCCAUCCGGAUAACACCGCCCUUGAAGGCGAUCAACGCAUCCGACCGCCAUGGUACGCCUUCGCUACGCCACCAAGUCCUGCUUCGGCCUGGUCCUCUCGCUGGCAGCGUUCGCAGCGUUCGUCCAGUUCCCCGAUCUGCUACGUUCCACAUACCGCCGGUACCUGGAGCACGCCAACCGACACUCCGUCAGCGAGACCCUCGUCGGCGCACCCGUGUUCCGCAGCAAGCAGCAGCCCUCGCUGCGAACGCUCGUCGUUCCCAGUGCAGCUUACGCGACUCGAAGUCGCCGUCCCGCUGCUAGCGAGCCAGCGGACGCGGCGAACAACAAGAUCGAAGUGCAGAAACGCGGAGCUAAACCCGCCGCCUUCCGCCUCGUCGCGCAGAAGGCGGAGCAGAACAGGCGGGGUGCGGUCCUCUUGGAGGAGAGCCUGAAGAGAUUGGACCGAGUCGCCGCCGCAGCUGCCGCCAAGAGAAGCAAGAAGGCGUCGAGACCGAAGCCGACGUGGCUGCCGCCCUACGACCCCUCCAAGUACCGCUUCACGCUCAAUCCAAGGCUGUGCUCCGGUAACAGCAGCGUCCACUUUCUCGUGCUCGUCCAGUCGGCGGUCAAGAACUUCGAGAGACGCGCGCUCGUCAGGGACACCUGGGGGUCGGUGUGGUCCUUGUGCCGCAUGGGCUUCGUGCUGGGCACGAGUCCAGACCCCGUGCUGGAGUACAAGCUCCGCGACGAGGCGAGCCGUCACGGCGACCUGGUGCAGUCCGACUUUGUGGACUCCUACUACAACUUGUCCCUGUCCACGGUGACGGGGCUACGCUGGGCGCAGGAGAACUGCAAGAGAUACGGGUACCUGGUGAAGGCCGAUGACGAUGCGUUCGUGAACCUCGCCGCGCUGCGAGAGUACCUGGCCGCUGGGUCCCGGCGGCGCCGGAGGGCCAUCAUCGGCUACUUGAUGAAAGGUUUCCGACCCAACCGAAACCGGGCCAGCAAGUGGUUUACCUCGCCGCAGCUGUUCGCCAAGGCACGACUGCCAGACUUCGUGAGCGGAUUCGCGUACGCUGUGACUCACGACGCCGUCGCGCCUCUGUACGCGGCCGCUCGGCUGGCACCCAUGUUCCCAUUUGAGGACGUGUACGUGACGGGCAUGUGUCGCGAGAUGGCACCUGUUGUAGCGGCGAGCGACGCGAUUGCACUGGAGGGUGCUCCCAGGUUCAAAAACCACCGGAAGAAGAACCGCGGCGGCACCGCGGCGAAGACGCUGUGCUCGGUGUACGGAGGCGUCCUAGCGCAGCACGAGCUAACGGCAGCCGAGACGAGGAAUCUGUGGGGUGACUUGACAGCCGGCAAGUGCAGCUAGCCCUGCGCUGCCUGGACUCCUGGCAGGUGCUUCGACACUGAGAAGGCAGAGGAUGCCUACCACGUUUCAUACCGUCUGUAACUGACAACUGCGCAGGGUUACGUAUCUGUGGCCAGGCACGAAACCUGGCAAGCUGACAUAUUCAUGACCUGCCUAGAUUGACAGUGCUUGGACAAAGCUGACGAUGCUGGCGCAAGAGAGAGAAGAAGAGGGAUAGAGAUCGAGGAAAGCCAGAGUGGAUAACCAGAUGAGUUUCCGGUUUGCUAUGCUGAACUGGCGAGGAGGAAAAUGGGUUAGAAUGAGGGUAGAAAAAGAGUGAUCAAAGAAGCAAAUGACACACACAC